GCGCUAUUACUCACAUAGCAACAUAAGCGUAUCGAAAUGUCAAAUCUGCCAUCUUCAUUUUUCAAAUUUUCCCAAACGGAUUCUACACACAAGCAUAUGAAAGCGUAGAUAAAGGACGCGCGCGAAAUUUUUCCAACAAUUUUAAUUUCUACAUUGGGUUGUGCAUUGAAUCAACAGUAUUUGACGAUAGAAAAAGCGAAAAAAUAGCGACUACGUAAAUCGAAUGGUGAAGUGAACAAUCGCUGAAAAUGUACAUAAAAAAGUUGAUUUUGGAUGGUUUUAAAUCGUACGGAAAACGAACAGAAAUCGAUGGUUUUGAUAAAGAAUUCACAGCUAUCACCGGUCUCAAUGGCACUGGAAAGUCAAACAUAUUGGAUUCAAUUUGUUUUGUACUAGGCAUCUCCAAUUUGGGCCAGGUUCGAGCGACAUCGUUGCAAGAGUUAAUUUUCAAAAAUGGACAGGCUGGCAUUACAAAGGCAUCGGUCACCAUUGUGUUUGAUAACACCGAUCCCAACAAUUGUCCCGUCGGCUAUGAAAACUGCAGAGAAAUCACAGUUUCGCGGCAAGUUUGUGUCGGCGGCGGUGGCAAAAACAAAUACUUCAUCAACGGGCGUACGGUGCUAAACAAACGGGUGGUUGACUUGUUCUGCUCCAUUCAAAUGAAUGUGAACAAUCCCAACUUUUUGAUUAUGCAGGGUCGCAUCACAAAAGUGCUGAACAUGAAACCGAUGGAGAUAUUGUCAAUGAUUGAAGAAGCAUCGGGUACCAGUUUGUACGAAUCGAAGCGUGAACAAACGACCAAAGUUAUUGAGAAAAAGGACUCCAAACUCAAGGAAAUGGAUUCGUUGUUACAAGAAGAAAUCAAUCCACGAAUGGAAAAAUUGCGUGACGAACAAGCUCAGUAUCAGGAAUUCCAAAAGUUGAAGCGUGACAUUGAUCAUCUAACCCACAUUCACUAUUCGUACAAAUAUCUGCAAUACAAGAAGAACCUGGAGCAUUGCGAGAAACAGAUCGAAUCGGUGAACACAUUCAUUGAAAACAGUAAAAAGGAAAUUGAAAAUAACAUCACUGAAACCGAAACCAUCGAUGAACAAUGCAAAGAGGUGCAAGAGCGAAUUGACGCUGAGACUGGCGGCGAAUUGGCCGAACUAGAGAAAGAAUUGGCGGAAAAGUCAAAAACCGAGGCAACGGCCAAUGGUGCGAAGAGAAGUGCAGGCCUGGAGGUCGAUGCUGAAAAACGCAAACUGAAAUUGAUCCAGAAGAAUAUGUCAAAGGAUGAGGAGGCGUUGAAAACGAAGGAGGCAAAAGUUGAUAAAGUUGGUGGUUUGUUUCAGAGUUUAAAAGAAGCGGAUGAAGCGGACAGCAAGGCCUUCUCCGAUGCCCAGAAACGUUUCCAAGCGGUCAGUGCUGGCUUAGACAUGAAUGAAGAUGGUCAGGCCACAUCACUUCAGGAGCAAUUGACCACAACCAAAACGAAAUUAUGCGAGGCAACAACGACAAUAAAAAAGUGUGAAAUGGACCUAAAAUACACGACCAAAUUGUUGCAAGACAAGGAAAAAACGCAAACCAAAAGCGAUUCAUCGUAUCAACAAAACAAAAAUAAUUUGGAAACCAAGGAAAAAGAAGUCAAAACGAUCGAGCAAAAACUGGCCGACAUUGACUAUGAAGAUGGAACAUUGGAAGGUUUAGAGAAACAACGUGAUACAUUGAACAACGAAUGUCGCCAGAUGCAACAGGAGUUGGAUCGAAAAGGUGGUCAUCGGUUUGAAGUACAGUACCGUGACCCAGAGCCGAAUUUCAAUCGACGUGCUGUCAAGGGAAUGGUUUGCAAACUGUUUGACGUUAAAGAUCCGAAAUAUUACGUGGCCUUGAGUACGUGUGGUGGUGGUAGUCUUUUCAAUCUGGUUGUCGAUGAUGAGGUCGUGUCGAAAAAGAUUUUGGAACGUGGCCAAUUGCAAACACGUACCACAAUUAUUCCAAUCACAAAAAUCCGUGGCUCGACCAUUGAACCGGGCAAAAUUAAAACUGCCCAACAAUUGGUCGGCCCUGACAAUUGCAUACCAGCCAUGGAUUUGAUCACCUAUGAUCCACAGCUAAGAAUUGUUAUGGAGUAUGUUUUUGGCCGGACAUUCAUUUGCACAAAUAUGUCAGUUGCCAAACAAGUCACAUAUCAUCAACGCAUUCUAACACGGUCAAUCACUCUCGAUGGCGAUGUACUCGAACCAGAGGGUACACUGUCUGGUGGUGCUCAGUCACAGCAAACUCCAGUUCUUGUCCAAGUGGCUGAAAUAAAAGAUUUUUCCAAACGCUUGGACGCCAAACGGGCUGAACUUCGAAAAAUCCAAGAACAAAUCGGUAAAAUUCAAGGCACCGCCAAUCAGUACAAUCAACUCAAGCGACAGCUUGAAGCCGCCAACUACGAGUUGGAAUCGAUUAAACAGUUAUUAGCACAAACCACCUAUCAAAAGCAUCAACAAGAAAUCGAAGAUGCUCGAGCUAAUAUCGAAACGCUGAAAACGACAAUCAAAGAGAAAAAAGAGGAGCAAGUGACUUGCAACACCAAAAUCAAGGAUCUUGAAGCAAAUUUGGCUGAUGCCAAAGGUUAUCGCGAUCGUCAGCUCAAAGAGGCUAAAGACAACAUGCAAAAGACGAAAGAGAAAGCCGACAAGAGUCGAAAAGAAUGGGAAAAGCAUGAAAAGGAAGCUGAGACGCUUCGUUUGGAAGUCGAAGAAUUGAAGGGAAGCAUAGAGAAGGCCAAAGAGGAAAUGACUGCUUCUGAAGCGCACAUUGAAGAGUUGCAAAAGAAGUUGGAUGACUUAAUGUCAACGAGUGCUGCAGCUUCCAAAGAGAUUCAAGAUUUAAAACUGCGAAUCAAAGAGCAAAAAGAUUCGAUUUCAUCAAAGCACACUGAGCUCAAGAAAGCCAUUGCUCGUAAAGAUAAACUGCUGAAAAAGAAUGACGAUCUCCAGCUACAGAUAAAGAAGAAGGAAUCAGAAUUGUCAAAGAUUAAAAGCGACAACAAAGACGGCUAUGAUCGUAUUCGUGCAAUGGAAGAGCAGCACAAAUGGAUCGAAACCGAUCGAGAUUACUUUGGUGCCAAGAACACCAAAUACGAUUACAGCCGAGAGAAUCCAGAAGAGUCGGGUGAAAAAUUGCGUAAGGCACAUGAACAGUACAAUAAAAUGAAGAAACGUAUCAAUGAGAAGGCCAUGAUGUUGCUGGAGCGUGAAGAAGAGGAGCUGAAAAGUGUGUGCGACCGCAAAGGUAUCGUUGAAAAUGAUCGAAAGAAAAUCAAGGGCAUUCUGAAGGGUCUGGAUGCUGAAAAGAUGGAACUGCUCCGCAAAGCAUGGCAAGAGGUGGACAAAAAUUUCGGCAGUAUUUUCAGUGUUUUGUUGCCUGGAGCACAAGCCACAUUGGUGCCAUCGCCAGAUAUGGAAUUCUACCAGGGUUUGAACAUCCGUGUUGGAUUCAACGGCGUGUGGAAGGAAUCACUCACCGAGCUCAGUGGUGGUCAACGUUCACUUGUCGCGUUGUCACUCAUUUUGGCGAUGUUAAAGUACAAACCAGCGCCCAUUUACAUUCUGGACGAAGUCGACGCCGCUCUCGAUAUGUCACACACACAGAAUAUCGGUCGCAUGUUGAAAAUGCACUUCACAAAUUCACAGUUCAUCAUCGUCUCGCUGAAAGAUGGUAUGUUCAACAAUGCCAACGUCAUUUUCAAGACAAAGUUUGAGAACGGCGUGUCAGGAGUGAUUCGAACACAGAACAUGCGUAAUAGAUAAGCACCAUCUCCGGCCAAUUGUCACACCAUCUCAAUUCACAAAUAAAUUCAAUAAUUUUCUGAUUAAUUUUUUUGCCAUUUAUUAUAACUUAUAACUGUUUGUUUUUUUUUUGAAAGAUUCAUUGUUUGACAAAUCCAAACGACAUACAUAAAACGAACAAGCAAACCGAAGGAUAAGGCCCAAAACAAUUGGUUGCUUUUUCUACACAAUUUCGAUUUUCAGUUUUAUUGAAAGAGUGAAAUGAAUUAUUUAAAACUAAAAUGAAUAAUAAAUUUGAGUCUUACAAACAAACAAAGAGACAGAAACGAAAAA